ACACUGGAGGUGAUGGGACACCAGUUCAUCAUAGAACGUGUGUGUGUGUGUGUGUGAGAGAGAGAGAGAGAGAGAGAGAGAGAGAGAGAGAGAGAGAUAGAUUUGAUAAUGUCACUGAGACUCCUGAGGUGAGAAGAACUUUCAGAAGGUAAAACAGGAAAAGAUGCAACUUUCAGAAAGGUUUCCGUUGGACUGGUUUGUUGUCAGGCUCACAGCUGCUGUCAUUCACAUACAUUCACACUUACAUGCAGGGCCUUACAGCAGACGCUUCACUACAUCCACAGAAACUAAUCAUAAAGAAGCACUGACUGUCCUCUUAGUAAAGCUCUCUACCAUCUCUCUCACAUCAUGUCUCUGAGAGCUAUAUUUAUGUAUUUAUUCAUUUAUUAUACACACUGAAUGAAUGUGAUGGAGCUCAUGUUGGUGUAAAUCAUCACAGGAGCCCUGCAGAUGUUGAACAGCUCUCUCAGGAGUGAUAAUUAUACCUCAAUACCACACCUACGUGUAAUUUACUGGGAUUUACACUUUAUAUGAGUCUUAUUAAAAUGUAAUACUCUUACCUAAGUACAUUCCCAAUAACUUACUUCCCAAUAACAACUCAUUUUAUUCAUUGGACCAACUGUACGAUCUCAUACGUCCCGUUUUUCUCCCGUCACGUGUUCUAGUCACGUGAGAGGAAGUGGACUGUUGGAGUUUUCACGUUUAUUUUUAUCAUCAGGUCUUAAAAAAAUCCUAAAAAUCAAUACCUUUAUUUUAUUACAUUUUCAAUACGACACCAAUAUAUUUAACAUGUUAGUAUAGUACAGAACUGGUGUGUGUGUGUGUCACACACAGCUGUGUCUCUUCUGCAGGUGUGUGUGGUUUCCCUGCUUGAGCUCCUCAAGGCCGUGAUGAUGAUGAUGAUGUCUGCUGAAGGAACACAAAUCAACCUACAGAGUUUCAGCAUCGAGCAGAACUGAAAAGAGUUUUACAUUUCAAAACUGAAGUUUCAAGUGAUGGUGGAAUAACAAUUGAAACUCUAAAAUGGUUUGUGCGUCGGUCAUGAGCGGAAAGUGAACGCGCUGUUUCCGGUGUGCGGAUUAAUCAAACAGGAAGAAGCGGUAAAUAAUGAAGGGGAGAAAAGGUCGAGCUAAACGAGCUAAACACUCACACUCUCACACUGCGGAGACACCGAAGAGCACACACACUGGCAGACUGAACACCGAGAUCUGUCGGUUGUGUCAUGGCCGCUUCUCGGCAAGGAAGCUGCGGCGGGCGUUUGGACUGCAGCCCGACCCAGUCCCGUGGCCUUCAUCGCCUGAACGCGCAGAGUCUGAACACUCAACACCACGCUUCUGUUCCGACUUCCAGCAGCUGCUGGGCGUGUCUGUGCGGCACGACUCAACACUCUCACCGUACAUCUGCUCCGACUGCCACGCCCAGUUCUACCAGUGUCACAGCAUCCUGCAGGCCUUCAGACACCGGGUCAACUCAACACAGUCACUCAACACGGAGCAGUGCAGUUCAACAUGGACGCCGUUCACAGACGAAGCAGAUCAGUCCUCUCCGCCCAUCACGUCUGACCCUCGCUGUUUGCUGAGCCUGGUGUCGUGGACUCAUGAGCACGCGGGGAGCUGCAGUUUCCCUCCCGGUCUGCAGGAGGUGCUGGAGGAGCAGUGUGGAGGUGCGGUCAGGGUGGUGUGGAGCUGCAGGGACGGACACUCCUACACCAUGGACACCGGCGUGUGGGAGAGACACGGGGACAACACACACCCACACAACCACAAACCAAUCACAAGCAGAGAGAGAAACUCCGCCCACACCAACACAGAGCAGACACAGAGCUCCGCCUACAGCCACUUACACACACAAGAGCCGGACGGAGCUCAGCGUAGAGACCAGAUCCCAUCACCUGCUCAGCGUUUAGAGGACAGUGACCUGUCAGACAGGAAUUUCUCCAGUGAGGAAGAGGAGGAGACGAGGAAGAGCAGCUCGGAGGACGGCGCACACGCUGCAGCCGAUAAACAAGUGAGCUCCAAGAAGAUUAUGAGUAAAGAAGUGAAGAACCUGCAGCCUAAAGAGAGGAAGAAGCCCGGACCCAAACCCGGGUGGAAGAAGAAGAUCAAAUCGGAGCGAGAGGAGCUGCCCACCAUCUAUAAAUGUCCUCAUCAGGGCUGUACAGCGGUGUACAGAGGAGUGGACGGCAUGAAGAAGCAUGUGAAGGAACACCAUGAGGAAGUGAGGGAACGUCCCUGUCCUCAUCCAGGCUGCAACAAAGUGUUCAUGAUCGACCGCUACCUGCAGAGACAUGUCAAACUCAUACACACAGAGGUAAGGAACUACAUCUGUGAUCAGUGUGGUCGGACGUUUAAACAGAGGAAACACCUCUCUGUGCACCAGAUGAGACACUCAGGAGCAAAACCACUUCAGUGUGAAGUGUGUGGGUUUCAGUGUCGUCAGCGAGCGUCUCUGAAGUAUCACAUGACCAAGCACAAGGCGGAGGCAGAGCUAGAGUUUGCGUGCAGCGUGUGCGAGCGACGCUUCGAGAAAGCGCACAACCUGAACGUCCACAUGAGCAUGGUGCACCCGCUGUUACAAGAAAACAACACACACACGGCUGACACAAGCUGAGAGCUGUGCAGCCUGAACACACACACACACACACACACACACACACACACACACACAGUAAUACAGUGUAUUGCAACGUUUAACACACACACAGUGACACUUGGAUCACACUGGCUGUGUUCCAAUCAGGUGUUUUAUGUGUACAAAGCAACAUGCCAGGCUAAGUGGUCACUCUGAUGCCCCUUACACCCUAAAGUGACCACUAACACACUUAAGUGCACUUCAAUGCGUCACUGUGUUUUAUUGUAUUUCACAUUUCACGUGUACGCGACACAGUCAAGUCUGUUUACUUCCCGUUUCCUGUCCUGCUCAGUGGACUUCCUCUGUGUGCCCAUGUCAAUCACAUCUGACUGUCUGUCUAUAAUCACCCACAAUCCUCCUGCAGCAAGAGUUCAUCAUGAAUGACAAACAGGAACAAUAAGAAGUCCUCUCAUCAGCCAAAAGUCCUGCAGGUCAAAGGUCAUCAGGGUUAAUCAGAGCAGAGAGAGCGGCCGCCAGCUCGGGGUUGAGGUCCGUACACUCCGCCUCCAUCUGAGAGAGACCGUUUAGCACACAAACACAGACUUCUACUAAUUAGCGGCCCAAAGGAGUGUGUGUCAAUAAACACCGUCACCUGGAGGUGGAACAAUGUAGUCAACGUAGCAGCCGGCUAAUAAGCUAGCAUGCUAACUAGCCGGAGAAAUAAAAUCAGGGUUGCCAGUUGACAGUAAAAUCUUAAAAUAUCCCACCACCCACACAGUAUAUAGUACAUUUUAAAUAAACUUAAGUGAAUAGCGUUGUUUAUUUCAUUAGUAUAACGUGUGUAAUAUUUACAAACAUACAGACCAAAUAAAUAAGUGAGAAAUUAAUAAUAAUAAUAAUACUGUAGGAAAACCGAGGACCUGGCAACACUGAAUAAACCCUGAAUCUGAAAAGUUGAGAUAUGAAGUAUUUUAUUGUUUGCAGUUUAUUUAUUUACUAUUUUUUGACUCCUCUAAAACGAAAUAGAACAUUGUUAAAACUGUGUGUGUGAGAGUGAUCAGAACAAUUUUUUUAUCGUGAGCAGUGUGUAUAUUGAUGCAGAUGUUUUGUAAUAAACACACAGAACCUGA